UCGGGCUGGGAGCGGUGAUGGAGUCGGUGCGGGCGCAGCGGCUGCAGCCCGGGGUGGGGACGCUCCGCUCCCUCCGCCCCGGCGUCACCGGAGCCCCGGCCGCCGCCUCGGCCCCGCUGCCGCCGCCCGCCCCCCCACCCGCGGCCGCGCUGGGGCUGGGGCUGGGGCUGCCGCCGCCGCCGCCGCCGCUGGGGCUGCAGGGACCCGCCGUGCCGCCGCCGCCCGGCGCCGGGCCGCCCGCCGUGCUGAGGGAGGCGGUGGAGGCCGUGGUGAGGAGCUUCGCCAAGCACACGCAGGGCUACGGCCGCGUGAACGUGGUGGAGGCCCUGCAGGAGUUCUGGCAGAUGAAGCAGUCACGUGGAGCCGACCUGAAGAACGGAGCCCUGGUUGUCUACGAGAUGGUCCCUUCCAACAGCCCCCCAUACGUCUGCUACGUCACCCUGCCAGGAGGCAGCUGCUUUGGCAGCUUCCAGUUCUGCCCCACCAAGGCCGAGGCCCGGCGCAGCGCGGCCAAGAUCGCGCUGAUGAACUCGGUGUUCAACGAACAUCCCUCGCGCCGCAUCACCGACGACUUCAUCGAGAAGAGCGUCUCGGAGGCCCUGGCGUCCUUCAACGGCAAUCGAGAGGAGGCCGAUAACCCCAACACCGGGAUCGGGGCGUUCCGCUUCAUGCUGGAAUCCAACAAGGGGAAAUCAAUGCUGGAGUUCCAGGAGCUGAUGACGGUGUUCCAGCUGCUGCACUGGAACGGCAGCCUCAAGGCCAUGCGCGAGCGGCAGUGCUCCCGCCAGGAAGUCCUGGCUCACUACUCCCACCGCGCUCUGGACGACGACAUAAGGAACCAGAUGGCCAUGGACUGGGUGAACAGGGAGCAGAACAGCCCAGGGGCCCUUUCCAGAGAGCUGGCUUCCACCGAGAGAGAGCUGGACGAGGCUCGGCUGGCGGGGAAGGAGCUGCGCUUCCACAAGGAGAAGAAAGACAUCCUGAUGCUGGCAGCGGGGCAGCUGGGGAGCUCACACUCCUCCACAGCUUAGGCCCCUCCACCUCCCCCCUCCACCAGCAUCUUGGCCUGUUUGCACCUUGGAAAGAAUCCUCUUGGUUUGGGUUUUAAGACACGGGAGCUUUGGCAAGCGUGGAAUCCUUCAGGCCAACCCCCUCCUCACUCCUGUUUGUAAAGGACCUUCCAACGACCUGCUCUGGUUUGGUACUAAGCAGGGAGGUGUCACACUUCCUCCAGAAGCUUCUGCUCGCUGGAGCUGAUGCACAUCCUCCAAACCUGCUUGCUUUCAUUUCCCUUUUAUACCAGAGGAGGCUUUUCUGUCAAAACUCCUCCUCGAUAAGCACACUAAUUCAAAAGAACCCCCAAACCAACCCCCCCUCACCCCCAUUCCCUCUCACACCACGCCACAAGCUGCCUGGGGGAACCUCUCCCCUCACUCCCCCCAAGAAAGGGGUUUAAACCUCGAGGUUUUGCCUCCUGUGUGGGGAGCAGCCAGGAUUCCAGUCCUGAGCCCAGGAGGGUCCUGAUGCCGUCCCUCAGGUGGCUCCAUCCUGAGGGAAGGGCUUCACCCUCUGAAGAACCUCAGGACAAACAGCGAUGCUCCUGGUGCUGGAGAGCCGAGACUUGGCCUUUUAAUUAGGGGUUUAAUUAGGCCUCCUCCUCCCCCUCAGUCCUGUUUGAGUGCUGCUGGUGCUCAGCCCGGUCUGGCAGCAGAGGAGCAGCUCAGAUGGGUGAGGGGAUGAAGUGGAAGGCUUCUUUGGCUACAAGCAGAGCGUUGGAGGGAGUUUUUUGGCUUCUCCAGAUGAUUUCUGUGAGACUUCUGUCGAGAGCUGGACACUCUGUUCUCUCCAGAGCAGCUUCCAACCCAAAUGUCAGACUUGGCCUGUUCGAGGGAGGUUUAAAAGGCUUUGCCAGAGGUUCAGAACUCGCUGGAAGUGAGAAGGGAAACUCAGCUCUGUCCCUGAAGGGAACACGAGUGUGUUACCCACAGUUGUUUAAUCCCUCCAACCAGAGCACAGGCUCAGACCCUGUUCCCUCCCAGGAAUGAAACAAAACCCCCUCUAUGCACUAUUUUUUUACAUAAAUAGCUCCCUAUCCUUUCCCUACAGAUCAGUACUAACUCUAGAUGAUAUUUAGAGGUUUAAAAAAUACCCUUCUUUGACUGUUCAACUGUUCCAGCCAUGAAAACAGCGACUCCUUCCAGGCAGCCCCUGUUACCCCUCCCUGCUCCUCCAGAGAUGCCGGCAGGAGGAGAAACAGAACAGAACCUUCAUCUUCCAGCACAGCUCCGAGCUUUCCCCGUGCUUUUGGGAGCAGGGAGCCUUCAGGGUGCUGCCAUCAUCAUCAUCACCACCCCCACCACCCCCUGCCUCUCCUCUCUGCACAGCAGAGACAUUCCAGCAACGCUCCUUGUUUCCAGGUGGGGAUUUCAGCCAUCACGUUCUCUGUAACUCUUGUGUUUGUAUCCUCACCCUCACAAGCCUCUUCGGGAUGGUUUCUUGUUGUUUUUAUAUGUAUAUUUUUUAUAUGCAGCCUCUUUCCACGACAGUAUUAACGUUUAUAAACGUGAUUGUAAAUGG